AUGGGAAACACCCCGAACUUGAUGACUGGGCGAGCGGACCAAGACCCUGAACUGAAGCAGCAUCCACGCCUCCUUGAAACCUUUCGGGUUUGCAGUCUUUGGGAAUGGCGCCUCCUAGAGGUCAACAGUGGCGAUGCACUCACUCAGUGCUACAGCAGUGCCUGGAUUUCCCAGUUCUCAGCUGAAGUUUUAUUCCACAGCAUAGUUUUGAAAAUCGUUUUAGCCUUUCUAAGAAAAGUCUACAGCAUCCUUUCUCUGCAAAUUCUCUUAACUACAGUGACAUCUGCAUUUUUUUUAUACUUUGAGUCUAUACGGACAUUUGUACAUGAAAGUCCUGCUUUAAUUUUGGUGUUUGCCAUUGGAUCUCUGGGUUUGAUUUUUGCAUUGACUCUAAACAGACAUAAGCAUCCCCUUAACCUGUACCUGCUUUUUGGAUUUACACUCUCGGAAGCUCUGACUUUGGCCUUUGUUGUUACUUUCUAUGAUGUAUAUAUUAUUCUGCAAGCUUUUGUAUUGACUACUGCAGUAUUUCUUGGUUUGACUAUGUAUACCCUACAGUCUAAGAAAGAUUUCAGCAAAUUUGGAGCAGGACUGUUUGCUGUUUUGUGGAUUUUGUGCAUAUCAGGAAUCUUGAGGUUAUUUUUUUAUAGUGAGACACUGGAAUUGGUCGUGGCUGCUGUAGGAGCCCUUCUUUUCUGUGGAUUCAUCAUCUAUGACACACACUCACUGAUGCAUAGGCUGUCACCUGAGGAAUAUGUAUUAGCUGCCAUCAACCUUUACUUGGAUAUCAUCAAUCUUUUCCUGCACCUGUUGCGAUUUUUGGAAGCAGCUAAUAAAAAGUGACUGAAAAUGGAAAUAAAGUUUGAAACAUAA